AUAUAUACACACACACACACACACACACACACACACACACACACAUAUACAUAUAUACAUAUAUACAUAUAUGUACCGAUAACAUGAACGGGGAAAUGACCGCUGCACCGUUGUAAACAAAAUUAAUGUUUAAACAGUGAAAGUGAUCCUAUUUAGAUAUGUCUAUUGGAAAUUAUCUUCUUCAGGACAGUCAUCACAUCAUAAUGUGGUGGUUUGAGAUACUGAACAAUAUUAUUAAAAAUGACAGAAAUAGUAUCGAAGAAUUUUGGUAAAGGACAACCUUUUCAAAAAAGAGACAUGUCAGAUUCGUCGCAGCAUCAACCUCCUCCUGAUAUUAUGCCAAAGGGACUUGCAAUCAAUGGCAUAGGAGGAAGGUUACGCCAAUUAGAAUCCCUUUUUAUUAGUGGUCCUGUACAAGGAGAAGGAAGAGUGGGCCACACAUUUUCUAUUGAGACACUUAUUGAUAUUUUGCUCGUCUUGUAUGAUGAGUGUUGUAAUUCUUCCCUAAGGCGUGAAAAGACUGUCUCGGAUUUUAUUGAAUUUGUAAAACCAGUAGCUACUUGCAUUAAGAGUUUGCAAUUAGCACGAGAGGAUUUUGAAAUAGUAAAAGUUAUUGGUAGAGGAGCAUUUGGUGAAGUAUGUGUUGUAAGAAUGCGUGGUUCUGACAAAGUAUUUGCAAUGAAAAUUUUAAACAAAUGGGAAAUGCUAAAGCGUGCGGAAACUGCAUACUUUAGAGAAGAGAGAGAUGUACUGGUAUAUGGUGAUCGCAGGUGGAUCACAAAUCUUCAUUAUGCCUUUCAAGAUGACAAUAAUUUGUACUUGGUCAUGGAUUAUUAUUGUGGUGGAGAUCUGUUAACACUAUUGAGCAAAUUUGAAGAUCGCCUUCCUGAAGAUAUGGCACGUUUUUAUAUAGCUGAAAUGGUUCUAGCUAUUGGGUCCAUACAUGACUUACGUUAUGUACACCGUGAUAUUAAACCUGAUAAUGUUUUGUUAGAUGCAAAUGGUCAUAUUAGAUUAGCAGAUUUUGGAUCUUGUUUACGAUUGUUUGAAGAUGGCACUGCACAAAGUAACGUUGCUGUUGGUACACCAGACUAUAUUUCACCAGAAAUCUUAAGGGCAAUGGAAGAUGGACAAGGACAAUAUGGGCCUGAAUGUGAUUGGUGGUCUUUAGGAGUGUGCAUGUAUGAAAUGUUAUAUGGAGAAACACCAUUUUAUGCAGAAUCUCUAGUCGAAACUUAUGGAAAAAUUAUGAACCAUAAGAAUUGCUUUGACUUUCCAGCAGAUGAUAUGUAUGAAGUUUCUGAAGAAGCUAAGGACUUAAUGAGAAAAUUAAUAUGUAGUUCGGAAUUUAGAUUAGGUCAAAAUGGAAUUGAUGAUUUUAAGAAACAUCCGUGGUUUGAAGGAGUAAAUUGGGAAACUCUUAGAGAUAGUACUGCACCUUAUAUACCUGAGGUUUCUUCACCAACUGACACAUCAAACUUUGAUGUUGAUGAUACAGAUGUUCGCAGUUCUGAUGCUGUUCCACCAGCAGCAAAUUCUGCCUUUUCUGCACUUCAUUUGCCAUUUGUUGGUUUUACUUUCACUCAAGGAAGUUGCAUAUCUGAUCUGGGUUGCUUAUCUAUUAUAACUCAAAAGGAUAAACGUGUGCAGAUAUUAGAGGAAGAAAAUGCACAAUUAACACAAGCUCUUGAAGAUUUAAAAAAACAAAUUAGUCAUUCUCCUCCUGGAAUAUCGCCAGAUUCUAAUAAUGCAACAAGAAAACUUCAGGAUGAAAUAAAUACACUUACUAAACGCAACUGUGAAUUAGAAUCACAGUUAAAAUCUAUGGAGGUCCCUCGUGAAUUACGCAAUUUAGAUAACGGCGAUAUGACAAAAUUACGGGAAUUAGAAAAAUUAGUACGCUCUCUUCGAUCAGAAAAGGAAGAAGCUAUUAAAGAUAAGUUAGAUACUCAGGAGAAGCUUAAACUUCAGGAUAAAGAAUUGAAGGACGCAUUAACACAGCGUAAACUAGCAAUGGCUGAAUAUACCGAAGUUACAGACAAAUUAUCAGAAUUAAGACAACAAAAACAGAAGUUAUCCAGGCAAGUUAGAGAUAAAGAAGAAGAAUUAGAAGUUGUAAUGCAGAAAGUUGACAGUUUACGACAUGACAUUAGAAAAGCAGAAAAGUUACGUAGGGAAUUAGAAAAUCGAGUUGAAGAGGCAAUGGCUGAAACGAGUAAAGAAAGAAAAUUAAGAGAACGCAGUGAAGAAUAUUGUAAACAAAUGCAAGAGGAAACAGAAAAAAUUAGACAAAGGUCUAUGGGAAAUGAUGCGAGUGCAAAUCAUGCAUUAGCGACGCAAGAAAUUAAUAGGUUAAAAGCAGAAGUUGAAACACUCGAAGUUCAAUAUAAUGAAAAUUUGAACCAACAACAAAGUAGGUUCAAUCUUGAAAUUCGUAGUCUUCAAGAACAAUUGCAUGAAGCUGAAACCAGGAGAGAUUUAUUGGAAAGGGAAAUUCAAUUAACGAAAGAAAAACUAGAUAAUGCAAGAUUAGAAAAUAUUACUGAUAGUGAGGAAACUAUAAAUGAAUUAAACAGACGUCACGAAAGGGAAAAAAUUAUGCUAGUCGAAGAAAACAAAAAACUUAUGUUAGAACUUAGCACUCUUACCGAUAGUGUUAAUAGAAUACAAGGUGAAAGGCGACAAUUAGAAGAAGAAUAUGAAGAAUUAAGAAACAAAAAGGAAGCUAUUGCACAAUGGGAAGCUCAGAUUACCGAAAUUAUUCAAUGGGUAUCUGAUGAAAAAGAUGCCAGAGGAUACUUGCAGGCAUUGGCUACAAAAAUGACAGAAGAAUUAGAAUUUUUAAAACAUUCUGGUGGUGUAGGUGGGGUAGGAAGUGGUUCUACAAUGGCAGAUAAAAAUUGGCGAAAUCGUAGAUCACAGAAGCUUGAUAAAAUGGAACUUUUGAACCUACAAAGUUCUUUACAAAGUGAAAUACAAGCUAAGCAGGCAAUAUCUGAAGAACUUACAAAGACACGUUCAGAUUUAAUUGCUGCUCAAAAGGAAUUAAGAGAUUUCAGACAACGGUUCGAUACACUUACACAUGAGAUAAAACGUAAAGAAAUGCAAAUAAAAGAGUUGCAAACGAGGCUUGACGCAGGCGAUGGCUUUUUAGAACGUCCUACAUCUCAAAUGUCAUAUUUAGAACAUUUCCUGAAAGAAACUGCAAGCAGUACACGUCAUGGAAGUGCAGACAGUGUAGAAGCCGAUAUCGAAGACAAUCGAGCACCAAGUAUUUCCAGCAGUAAAAGCAACUUAUCUGAACUCAGUAUUGAUCCUACGUCCCCGUUAUCUCAUGAGCUUCUUAAUAAAUCAUCGACAUCUCAUGGACAAACCAAUCUUCAACCAAAACCAAAAUCUCAUCAAUUUUUAGUAAGAACAUUUUCAGCGCCUACGAAAUGCAAUCAUUGUACUUCACUGAUGGUAGGUUUAACCAGGCAAGGAGUUGUAUGUGAAGUUUGUGGUUUUGCAUGUCACAUGCCCUGUUGUGAUAAAGUUCCAUCAAUGUGUCCUGUGCCACAUGAUCAAACAAAACGACCAUUAGGUAUUGAUCCUACACGAGGAAUAGGUACGGCUUAUGAAGGAUAUGUUAAAGUGCCAAAAAUGGGUGGAGUAAAAAAGGGUUGGGUUCGUCAAUUUGUGGUGGUCUGCGACUUCAAAUUAUUUCUUUAUGAUAUUUCACCAGAUCGUAAUGCAUUACCAUCUGUUUAUGUAUCUCAAGUCUUAGACAUGCGGGACGAAGAGUUUAAUGUUAGUUCUGUCAGAGAUUCGGAUGUUAUACAUGCUACAAAGAAAGAUAUUCCAUGCAUAUUUAGGAUAACAACAUCUCUGCUAGAACCACCUGGUUUAAGGAAUCAUACAUUAAUGCUUGCAGACACUGAGAGUGAAAAAACAAAGUGGGUAGUUGCUUUAAGUGAAUUGCAUAGAAUAUUAAAGAAAAACAAUCUUCCUAAUACAACGAUAUUUAGAGCAAAAGAAUUAUUAGAUAAUACAUUGGCGCUAAUUAAAAAUGUGAUGUCAGGAGCAAUUAUUGAUCCAGAUCGUCUAGUCAUUGGUACAGAAGAAGGUCUCUUCUGUUUAGAUUUAGAUCGUAGCGAAAUUGCAAGAGUAGGAGAAGGCAAGAAAAUAUAUUUACUGGAAUAUGUAACAGAAGAACAAUUAAUAGUAGUUUUAAGUGGAAAACAACGUCAUGUACGGCUGGUUCCAGUACGUGCAUUGGAUGGAGAUGAAGUUGAAUGGAUUAAAGUCGCAGAAACUAAAGGAUGUAUAACAUUAACGACCGGAAUAGCCCAUCGCAGUCCAUUAACUUAUUGUUUGUGUGUUGCCAUAAAGAAGCAAAAUGCAUCACAAGUCAUUAUUUAUGAAAUUACGCGUACAAAAACACGUCAUAAACGUAUGCGUGAAUUGAUGUUAUCGUGCCACGCACAAACUUUACAAGUUCUUUCUGAAGGUCGCUUUUGUGUUGGAUACCCUUCUGGAUUUUCUAUCUACAGCAUCUUAGGAGACCAUCACCCUAUUUCAUUGGUCCAUUCUGAAAAUACGCUCUUAGGCUUUCUUACAUACAGUGCUGUGGAUGCUUUACGUUGUAUCGAAUUGCCACGUGGUGAAUUCUUAUUAGUCUUCCAUACAUUAGCAGUUUAUGUCGACAGCCAAGGCAGAAAGAGUAGAGAUCGUGAAAUUAUGUAUCCUGCUGUUCCUACAGCAGUUAGUUAUUGUGAGGGCUAUUUACUAGUUUAUAGCGAAACUCACAUUGAUGUGUUUGGCUGUACAACUGGAGAUUGGUUGCAGACACUUAAUGUGAAACGAGCACGACCACUAAAUACGUCAGGUUCUUUAACAUCCUGUGUCAUUAACGAUAUGCCACAUGUUAUUUUUUUGAGCAAUUUACAUCAACGAGAAUUACUUAAUUUAACACCGCUAGACGCAAGUGGUAGACAAAUGACAAAACCUCGAAGAAGAUUUUCAUUAAGAGAAGGAAAUAGAGCUGUUCGUCCUACUGAUAGACGUUCCAAAAUGAUAUCUGCUCCGACGAAUUUUAAUCAUAUCAGUCACAUGGGUCCAGGUAAUGGAAUACAGAUUCAACGGUUAUUAAACUUACCUACUACACUAGAAACAGCUGAUCAACAACAUAGCAGUCAUCACAGUAGCUCUCAUCUUCAUAGCAGCCAACAAAGAUUAUAUAGUCCUGCAAUUCAAACAUCGAGUAAACCAGCGCCAUUGCCGCCUAGGCACCCACCUUCUGAUACACGACGUCUUAGUUCUCAUAUAUCCAGAAAUUCCGGAUACUCACCGCAUAACGGCUCAACAUCAUCACGCAGAGGACCGGCACCGCCACGACCGACUGCUACUCCACCUUCGCUACCACGUACUCCUGUGGACCAAGUUGAUUCGGAAUCUGUGCAUCUACGAUCGCAUACUCCACUUUCUCUUGGUAGCAUUGCAUCAUUACACGACAAGGAACAUACCUCUGGUGGAAGUCCUAGACAUUCAAUAGCUUCAAACAACAGUUCAAAUCCAUCAACGCCUCCAAGUCCUGCUCAUGAUCAUGGUUCAUCUUCAUAUGAUUCAUAAAAAUUAAUUUAACAUCUUUCCUAACAUUAACAACUUACUGUAAUCACAUGUAUUAUCUGAACAAUAGGAUUACAGUAUCUAUGAGAACACUUUUACACAAAAUGAUAUCCGUAUUUGAUUUUUAGCUGGAAAGUUAUCGUAUUUAUUUCUUUUCUCGUUUUUCUUUUUUAAUUUUGUGCAAUACAUUUUUCUAACCAUUACAUUACAUUAAUUGUAUUACAAACGUCUAAAAAAAGGCAUAAUACUCGUAUGUACAAAUGAAUUAAGAAGUUGCACGUUUUAAUUAUUUAACACAAUAUAAAGGUUUCAUGAAUAUAUUAACAUUAAUUUUGGUACUAUAUUGCAACGACUUUUUGGUUUUCAUAAACUUAUAUAUAAUAUGUUAUAUACUUAAUAAGACAAUUUACAGUUAAUGUAAUGAUAAAUUAUUGUAAAUAAUUUAUAUUUGGAAAUUAUUGUAUCAACUUUACGAUGCCAUAUACUAUCGAAAUAGGUAUCAUUUUGAUAUUUUUUUUCUCGGAGUUUUAACGCAGAUACUUUGCAUAAUUUUAAUUUUUAAUAAUUGUCACUAUCUUAAAUUAAUGAAAAUCGAAAUCUCAGUCAAAUUAUCUAGCAAUAAAAAAUUAAUCUAUUACUCUAUCGUACCUACUUUUGAAUCUAGGUAUAAAUAAUAGUUUCAACUAAAUUAUAUUUAAUAAUUCUUAGUGGCAAAUGAAUUCAGUGAAAAUGAAUCGAUCUGAUGCCUUAACUAAAUAUUUUCUAUUGCGUCAUAAUGCAGUAAGGUGCAUCAUUUUAUUCAGCAUGUGAAUAGUAGAAAUAAUCGUGCAAUGUAUCGACAGCUCUUGCUAAUAUAUAGUAAGGUGGCUAUAUACUUUUACAUGACAUACGAGUAUUAUAUUUGUAACAGUAACAGAGUAAUGUUGAAUAUUGAUUUAUCCUUACUGCAAUAAAAACUGAUUUCGCUCUUAUAAAUGUAUUGCUUUCGAUUAAGGCGAUAAAUGUCAUUGUAAAAAUUUUCAUUUAAAAAAAAAGCAUAUACAUAUUUGACGAUAUGUUAACAAGUGCAAUGCAUAAUGACUGAGAAUAGAAUCGAAAAUGGAACGAAGAUGAUAAAGUAUUGUUUAUUUUAAAUAAUGAAAUGUUGAAGUCCUUAUUUAUAUUUCCAACAGUUUGAUGAGAGUGUUAAAAAAAGAUUGCUGCAACAUCUUUAUUACUUUUGUAUUAAAAAAAUUUUAAAAUAAUGAAUUUACAAAAAAAAAAAUGAAUUAUUUUGAAAUUUUGCAAAAAAUUUUACUUGAUGAUUAACAAGUUACAUUCAAUUCUUUUUAUAGCUGUAAGAUUAGAACAAGAAACAAGUGAAAUUACAACAAAAAUAAGAACAAGAUAACAAGUUUUAUAUGUUUUAAUGUAUAAAAUAUAUACAUUUUUCAUGUACAUUUAUAAAAAUUUGCUAACUAUACUAACAGAGAAGGGGAAAAGAGUUGGUAGAACAAGAUAAUUAUCUCAGGAUUCUAUACCAGUAAUUGAAAUAUGGGAUAACAUUUAAUGGUCAAGAAUCCUGAGUUGCUCCAUUAUUAUUCAAAUAAUUAUACAAGUUGAAGAUGUUUUUAUCUUCAUACCUUUAAACAUGUCAUACAGUGAAACAAAAAGCCAAUAAUUACAGUAUGGAUUCAAUUUUUACAUACACGAAAAAGGAGUGCAUGUAAAAUAGUAAUUUUGAAUCAUGCAUUUAAAUUUACAUAUAUUUAUAACAAGUUUUAAUGAAAAAAGUUUAAGAAGUAUCGAAAAGUUUAUGAAAUAUUGAAAAUGUUACGGUAAAAUAUUGAUAGCUACAUUCCGAGCAAUUCUUUUUUAUUUUCAUAAAACAAUGACAAAUAUACAUGAGAAAAAUCCAAGUUCCAACUCUUUAAAAAGAUCACCAUUGAUAGACAUUAAAGUUAGCGAAUAAUAACUAUAACAUACAUGUAAUACCAAAAAAGAAACUUGAAAGAUCUUCAUUACAUUUGUGUAAUGAUAAGAUAUGAAAAUAUAAUUAUAAAUAAAAUAUUUAUCGACUGCAAUAGAUAUGACAUCCUUAUAUUAAAAAUAUAGAAAGAACCGUUAAUAGAA